UUUUGACAACCAAUACUUCCCAGCUGACUGUCAGCUCUGUAUAGAUUGAGGCUUCUGUUGUGCAUGGAGAAACUGACCCUGUCAGAGGGAGAACGACGCCUUCAUCACCCAUCGAGAUGAAGCCCGCCCUGACGGCUGUUCUCCUGGGAAUCGUUGCCCUCAUGCCAACGGUGUUGUCCUUAGACAAUGGGGGCUUGAAACCCCUAGAAGCACGCCAGCAGGUCUCAGACAGGAAGAAUGAGGUUGACGGUAAAGUGGUCCGUUCAGUCCUUGAUAAAAAGCGGAGCUGGACGGAGGUGGACGGCGAUGACUUAGUGAGUGCACGACAGAAUGGUGAAGAUAUCGCAUCACCAGAGGCCCGAAAAGGAAGCUCACAGCAUGAAGCCAAACAAAAGAAAAACAAUAAAGGAGGCACGCAGCUCAGAGGAAAACAGGGGAAAGAUGCAAAAGGCCUACACCAAGGAGUCAAACAUAAGAAAGACACAGUUGCUGAAAAGAAAAAAACGACAAGACGAGGGAUAACAAAGAAAAAGAAAAAUGAAGGGAAAUCCAAGAUUAUAAGCAACAAAGUACAAAGGAAAAAAGUAAAAGGGAAAGCCUCAACCCGCAACGAUACUGAAGACGCCAAAAAAGGAGGACGCGGCUGCCCCAAGGCAUCAAGUUGCUCUCGGCUAAAGGGAGGCAGAUGUAAAAAAAGAUGCAGGGCAAAUGAGGAAGAAAAGAGAGGCUGUGGGAAAAAUUGUAAAUGCUGCAUCCCUAAUGAAGAAAGCGAGGAGUGUGAGACUUCUGCAAAGUGCAGAGCAAUAGGGAAAUGUAGGAAAAACUGCAGGAGGAAGGAAGAAAAGUCCCCAAAUGUAUCCUGCGGAGGGGGCUGUGACUGCUGUGUCCGGAAAGGAACAGGUGUUCCCGCCCCUUCUCCCGUUACACCAGCGCCGCAGUGCCAGGCAGGUCAACAGUGUGCUGGGGGCAGAGGAACUUGUAAACAAAGUUGUUCGAUCACUGAGACAACCCUGGGUUACUGUGCGUAUGGGAACCAGUGCAGGUGUUGUGUUUCCCAGGGUGAGUAUAGGAACGACCAGCCUCCUCUUCCAUUCAGGAGGAAUGGUACCAGAUUGCCAUACGGCAGCCAAAACCGCAUACAACCCUCGGAUCAUGUCCUCACCUCCAGCCUUGAGCAGCUUAGCACGGAUGUUACAGAUGCCAGCAGGUGCCUUUCCACCCCUCAACUUUCCACAGCACCUAUGACUUCGUCAAGUAAAAGUGAGAUUUCGUCGAUGGGUGAAUGCAACACUGAAGACCACCUAUCAACCCGAGCUUCAGAUAAACUCUCCAAUGAGGAACGAAGAUGA